AUGAUCCUGACAAAUGUUGCCUUAAAUUAUUGGAUCAGAUGGACGACAAACUAUUCAAAGAUUAAUAGUGAUAAUGAUUGGUCCAAAUAUUCAUUGAAAACAUGUUACAAAUAUCCACCAUCUAUUGAGAAAAUUGCUUUUAAUAACAUUUAUUGGCAAUCAGUGAUCAUCGAUCAAAAUACAACAUAUUAUGCAUAUAAUGCUUAUUAUGAUAAUCGAGAAAAUAUGACAAAAGUUAGAAUCAUUGGAGUGACCGAUCAUUUCGCACAGUUAGUCAAUCAAACAUUUUGGUGUUUACUAUAUUUUGAGGGCAAAAAACGUGCUGUUUUAAGCAAAGUCACACAAAUUGAUGAGUUGGCCUACAAUUUUGGUAACUAUUAUAAAAGGAAAGGAUAUUAUUUGCCAACUUUGUUGUCCUGCGAUAUUCCCAUAUCUAUUAAAAAUAUGGUACCCAGUGCUGUGGCCAUUAAAAUUAAUAAUCAAUGCAAAUCUGAAUUUACAAAUUAUUUACGUGUCAUAUAUGAGAGACCAGAGUCGGGAAAUAAGACAUUAUUUGGUGUCUGUGUUCGCGCUUUAUAUUACUAUAACAUAGAUUUUAGUGUUAGACUUAUUGAAUGGCUUGAAUUGCAAAAGAUAUUAGGAGCUAAUAAAGUCUAUUUGUAUGCAUUUACUACUAAUAAUUAUAUGGAUAAAGUACUCAAUUAUUAUACUAAUUUGAAAUUUAUUGAAUGGAGAUAUACAACACAUUGUGGCCAUCAAUUAAAUAAUAUUUAUCUUAAUGAAGUAUAUAUGAGCAAAAUGGGUGACAAAAUGCUACCACAGGAGACACUGGAGUUGAAUGACUGCUUUUAUAGAAAUAUGUAUAAACACACGUUUUUGGCGGUCAUCGACAUCGAUGAAGUAAUUGUUCCCUUAGAUGCUUAUGAUUGGCCACAAAUGAUGGACCAAAUAUAUAAUUCACUAAAGAAACGGUCAAAUUGGGACAGAUUUGCAUCAUAUCUGUUCACACAAACAAGAUUUUACAAUCAAUUAAUAUCCAAUCAAUACACUACUAAUGAUAUUAUGUAUACAAUGAGACACUUAUAUCGGGCAAACUUUACAAUGAGUGCACCAAAAAGUUUUCAAUUAACCAAAAAUGCAAAAGUCGUGUGGAAUCACACACCACUUCAAUGUAUUAUCAAUAAAGACUAUAAGGACUGUCCCAUACAUUUUGUUGACAAACAAUUUGGUUAUCUAUUACAUUACAGACCGGGUAUUCAUAAACCAACAAAUUGUACGGACACUGACUUGAGAAAGUGUGCCAUUUAUGAUCCACUUAUUACUAAAUAUAAUGAUAUUCUCAAUAAAAAUAUGAGAAAAUCAUUAACAGCUAUAUCUAAAGUUUAUUAA